CGCACUUCUCAGUCCAGUUCAGUCCACCGGUCAGUUAAGCUUUAAAUAGACCUCAACCCAAUUAUCAACCAUGUCUUUGGAUCAGAAGUUCACCGAGUCCGCCGAGAAGGUCAAAACCUUCACGAAGCGUCCCACCGACCAGGAACUGCUGGAGCUGUACGCCCUGUUCAAGCAGGCCUCCGUCGGGGACAACACCACCGACAAGCCCGGCAUGUUCGACCUGAAGGGUAAGGCCAAGUGGCAGGCGUGGACGGACAAGAAGGGAACCGGCCAGGACGCUGCCAAGGAGGCGUACAUCAAGCUGGUGGAGGAGCUGAGCGCCAAGUAUGCGUGAUUUGCGGUGGAAGUUGCAAAGUCAAUUGGGGGCAUUGGCGAAGUUUGGUGACGACAGCUCUAUUUAAACUUGUUAAGCGUAAGAUUUUUUUGUUAACUUUCCAUGAAAUAAACAUUUUGGUGGACAUUUGAAAAA